AAAUCUAUUGGCGCCAGUACCGUGUUCCAGUGACCACGAGAAGUUGAUUUAUGACGACUACGCUCAUAUAGUUAAAGGGACACAAGCCUGGACUUCUACCUGGCUGCACAACACUGAUCACACAUUAUCUGUCAGGAGUCGUUUUUCUGGCUGACGCAGCUGAGCGAGGCGAGAGAGAUUCGACUUCUAUCUGUGAGGACUCCAGGAAGUAAACGUAGGAAGAAUUACUUCGAUAUUCUGGAUAAAACAAAAAUGCUAAUUGUGUUCUCACUUCUCGUCUUGACUCAUGUUUACAAAGCACAAUCAACAUGUGACGUUCACUAUGAUGCUUCCGGGAGGACUCUGAUUGCGGACUGUAGCAAGCGACAACUCCAAACGGUUCCAUUGCAUCUCCCAAGAGACAUUGCAGUGCUUAAUCUCCAAAGUAAUUACCUCACUCAACUGAAAAACAAUACAUUCUAUCUUUACAGUAACUUAACUGCAUUGAUUUUGUCUGCUAAUCAUAUUUCACAACUUGAAUCACGAGCGUUUAAUGGUUUAUUGAAUUUAAUAUCUUUGGAUUUAAGUGGCAACGACUUACAUGUGAACUCAGAGACUUACCCUGAUGGUAUUUUUAGACACUUGUGGAAUCUACAAAUCCUCAAACUGACGCCAACAAUGGAAGAGGUCGGUUAUGGAAAAUUUCCAUGUAAUAUAUUUGAACAUUUAGUAAACCUAAAACACCUCGAACUCAGUUACUGGCCAAACCUAAAUCAGUCAUUUUGCUUUCAACAUUUACAAAAACUGUCUUAUUUAAGUGUGACCGAAAUUGACGACUGGUACGGUAGAGUAUUACCAAAUUCGACCUUUGUAAUACUGAGUAGCACUUCCCUCACGACUUUACGUUUAAAUGGACAUAUUGAUGAUAUGGACGAAAAUAUAUUUUCUCCACUUACACAAUUGAAGACCAUAUUCAUCCAAAACCGAUUUUCCGGAAGAAUGACGUUAGACAAGGCAAUGAGAUCUUUGCAUUCAUUUUCUGGAAGAAAUAUGACCACAAUCAGUUUGCGCGGUAUUCAGGACACCCGGUGGCGUAUAGGAUCUAAUGAUGAAGUAACAAGAACCAUGAUGCUGUAUGUGUCAGAGAUAUGCGUGGACAAAUUUGAUUUGUCUCAAAACAGACUACGGAUAAUUCGCGCUGAUGCAGUUUUUCCUUCACCAUUUUACAAUUGCUUGAAGAAUCUGGAUUUAAGUGAGAAUUCCCUUUACGGUGAUGGUGGAUUGUUCUUUAAACUUCAGAUUUUCAGAAAUCUACAGGUUUUGAAUGUUGGUGCAUUGUCAAACUUGGAUACAGGUGAAUUAUCAAGACUGGAAACUUUUCAAAAAGACGGAAAGGGAUAGGAUUAACACU